AUGUCUGGUUAUUUGCUCCCCAGGCAGAUGGGUUUUGGCACUGUGCUAGGCUGUGAGGCAGCGAUUCAUGCCACUCGUCACUACGCCGUCGAACGCCAUGCAUCUGGUGAUGUAAUCAUCAAGAUUGAUAUAAAGAAUGCUUUUAACACGGUGGAAAGAGACACAAUCCUUAAGGAGGUCCUCGAAAAAACUCCCUCUUUAUAUCCCUUCAUUUACCAAUGCUAUGCCUCUCCAAGCAACCUGUUCUACACUGGUGAUGUCAUUCGUUCGCAAGUUGGUGCUCAACAGGGAGACCCCUUGGGACCCCUCAUUUUCUGCCUAGCCAUUCAUCAAAUUAUCUGUGAGGUUAAAACGCCGUUAAAUGUGUGGUAUUUAGAUGACGGCAUAAUUGGAGGUAGCCCAGAUGUGGUCGUUCAGGGUUUAAAUACCUUAAUACCAGCUUUAAAAGAGAUAGGCCUGGAGAUUAAUCCAUCCAAGUGCGAGUGUUUCACCUGCGGGGGCAUACCCACUGAAGCUCUUGCGGAGAUAGAGGCAGUUCUGCCCGGAAUGAGGCUGAUUGACAAAUCUUCUUUUAGUUUGCUAGGUGCUCCCGUAUUUUCCGAGGGUGUCAGCUCGGUACUACAACUUAAAAGGCAGGCACUCUCGGGAGUACGCGAGCAUUUGGCACAACUGGCUGGACACGUCGCUCUCAUUUUGUUGCGGAAUUGUUUUGCGUUGCCUCGCAUGGUGUACACUUUGCGCACAUCGCCCACUUGGCUUUUUGAGCAAGAUCUGCUUUCCCUGGACGAAACUCUCAAGACUGCUUUGGAGUCGCUGCUAAAUGUCAAUUUAAACGAGGCUCAGUGGUGUCAGGCGUCCUUACCGGUUCGGUACGGGGGCCUUGGUGUUCGGCGGGUGCGGGAUAUCGGUUUGGUGGCCUUUUUGGCGUCGGCGCAUGGCUCAGCGGGACUUGUUGCGCGUAUUCUGGGUGUCGAGAGUGGGGAUGUGUGCGUGCCUUUUGUUUCUGAGGCCUUGGCAAAGUGGGCUACUUUAUGCCCCACCGAUGAACGUCCUGACAACUUGGUGGCGCAGAGAGCGUGGGAUGACAUCCUGUGCAAGCUCGCGUUUUCGGAGUUGCAGAGUGGAGCCUCUGGAGCCGACCUGGCGCGCCUCAUGGCAGUAUCCAGGCCUGAAUCGGGAGCGUGGUUGCAUGCUUUGCCGUCUCCGCACCUGGGCACACUGCUGGAUAACGACUCGCUGAGAAUUGCAGUGGCCCUGAGGUUGGGAUGCAAGGUGUGCGACGCGCACCGGUGUAUUUGCGGGGUGUUGGUUGAGGAGAACGGCCAUCACGGGUUAAGUUGCCAGAGGUGCGCCGGUCGGUUCCCUAGGCACCACUCUUUAAACGAAAUUGUACGGCGAGCAAUGGUGUCGGCCAAUAUCCCGUGCGUACUGGAACCACCAGGCUUGUCUCGGUCGGACGGGAAGAGACCCGACGGGCUCACCUUGGUUCCCUGGCGAAGGGGGCGGUGCCUUUUAUGGGAUGCGACAUGUGUUAGUACAUUUGCUGCGUCCCAUCUAAGGCACACGGUUAAGGCGGCAGGUUCGGCGGCAGAAAUAGCGGCCAAAAGUAAGCGCGCCAAGUACUCCGAGUUGCAGGGGGCGUACGAUUUUGUGCCGGUUGCUGUAGAAACGGCCGGACCCUGGUGCAGCGAGGCGGGCGAAUUGUUCAGGGAUCUGGGUCGGCGGCUGAGGGAGAGGGGUAACGACCCCCGUUCUGGGUCUUGGCUGGUCCAACAGAUCUCCAUCGCCAUACAGCGCGGCAAUGCUGCAAGUGUGAUGGGGACUUUUGGACCGGGCAUAACAUAG